AUGGCAGUCGAAUUAGCUAGUUUACUAUUACUACACUGUAUAUUUUCUGGAGUUUUCACUGAGCGUUCUACCUUCGUAGUGAGAAAAGAUGCGGCUGUCGGAUGGCUUGUCGCCGAUCUUCGACAUUCGUUUUUAGCCGGCGACGAUGAAAUCCUUAGCAUUCUACCUUCGCCCUACUUCCGCCUUUUUUCCAUCAAUGAUUUCGGUCAGGUUAUCACAACUCGCCCUAUGCCAGGGAACGUUAUUCGCUUCCCUCUGUACGUCAUGGCCACUCAUGACAUCUACCAAAGGGUGAUAUCAAUCUAUAUCGAAAUUGCUGACAGCCCCUACAAAUUCUAUCUGGAUCACUACAAAACGACGAUCUCGGAGAAAACAGAAAACGGUUCGCUGCUGCUGUUUUCCCGACCGCUUACCAUCAAAGAUCUGCCGACAACACAGACGGUCCGAUUUGCUCCCGUCUCCCCAAUAGACGGCUUUCCAAUCACAAUAAUCAGCGGGGAGGACACAAAAGGACGGGGAUUCGCAUCGAUCCAGUUGUCUGAUGUGCUAGAAAGCCGAGGGCUGGAUAGGAUGGAAUUUUAUCUCGGAGCAUUUACUGAGUCUGGACGUGACAUUGGAAAUUGCAAAGUGACUAUCCUAGUGCAAGAGGCUGCUCUGGAGCCACCGAAGUUCGACGCAUCUCAUUAUUUUACAACAAUUGGCCAGCUUAGUGCUAAUUCGAUUGUUAUGAGGGUUAAUGCAAGGAGCGCAAAACGAUUGGUGCAGUACAGUCUACAGCAGAGUUACUCAGCAUUUGAGAUUGCACCCUUUUCCGGAGACAUUUACACGACAUCAAAUGUGGUUCCUGGAAGGUACGAGCUGAGAGUUGUGGCAAGGGAUCGCAUUGGCCAGGAAUCGAUAGCGACAGUGACAGUGUUGGUCGAGAAGAAAAAAGGGGAAUCGGUUAAGAGUUCAGGUCGCCAGAGAAGAGAACUCUCCGAAGCCGUGGUAGUAAAAGUUAGAGAAAACACCAAAGAACUUUUCAGAAAGCUAAUCCCCCUACAUAAUGGCGAGCGGAUCCAAGCAGCGCCAAUAGUCAGGGAGCACUUCACCAUUCUACCCGACGGCACAGUGAAAGUAACAAAGUCGUUGAAUUUCGAGAAGACCCACGAACUCUCCGAAACGAUCGAAAUCGAGGGGAAAAAGAAAUCACGAAUUCAAACCGUCCGAAUCGAAGUGGCGGAUGUUGACGAGCCUCCGGCAUUUGUGAAUGGUCCGGUACCUUUUCUUGCUGUGGUUCCGAUUGAGACCCCUGUAGGAUUCCACGUAUACAAGUUUGUUGCUCGAGAUGAAGGAGGUGACGGCGACAACGACGUUGAGUACCGACUCAUCAACACUGAACCAUCAGGAAUGUUCACCGUCGACUCCAGUACCGGUGUUGUACGAACAGCUGUAAGACAGUACAAAGAAGGACAAACUUACCGAGUUCUAGUACAGGCUAUCGACAAAACCCCCAGCGACAACAAAACGAAGCAGGAAUCCGAAGUUGCGAAACUGGAUAUUUUGGCUGGCGACCGUCCACCACAAUUUCUACAACAACAUUACAGUGUCUACCUUGCAGAGGAUAGUCUAGUGGAUUAUAGUGUGGCCGACGUUCGAGCCCAUCGCUUUCGAGCGAUAGAUGAUCGUAGGUCAAAGGGGGAGCUCACGUACUCACUCUACGGUUACCAUGGAGGUCAACGCGAAGAGACUUCUGUGUUCGGCAUCGAUCCAAAAAGUGGUGUCGUUCAUUUGAGGCGACUUCUUGACUUCGACGAUCCAUCUCAGCCGAAGCUCUAUAAACUCAUUGUUUUCGCCAGCGAAGAUGGGAAAGAGUCAAGCGUUCCUGUGGAUGUGCAAAUCACUGAUGUGAAUGACAACGCUCCAGUUUUCAGUCGACCUCUUUAUACUACUCAAGUUAGAGAGGAUUUCCCCAUUGGAAACACGAUUCUGAAAGUUCGCACUGAAGACAAGGAUUCGGGUGAGAAUGCACGUGUCCGCUAUUCUGUGGACAACGAUAAUUUCACGAUAAACGAGAAAGGCGAGAUAUCGGCGAAGAAUCGACUGGACGCGGACCAGUUCAAGGAGCGCUUCUUUAUCUACCGAUUUAACGUUACUGCUACAGACUUCGGGAAUCCACCACUCAGUUCGAAUGCCACUGUACAUAUACGAACGGAAAACACUAACGAUGAAGCACCUGUUUUCUUCCCAACCCGCCACUACACCGCUUAUAUCGCCGAAGAUGCUCAAGGUGGAACUCCUGUGGUUCAAAUACAGGCUCGUGAUCCAGACCGAGACCAAGUCGAAUACGCAUUUGUUGACAAACAAGGCAGAGAAACGUAUGAAACAAACCUAUUCCACAUAGACAAAGAUACUGGACUGAUCAAGCUUAGACCAGGGGUCCACGCCACUGAUCUGCUUCGAAACGAUUCUCCUUAUAACCUCACAGUGAUCGCUCGUGACGAUGGAUCAUGCUGCUCUACGGAGUCAACUCAGCACUUAGCUAUGGCUACCGUCCUUAUAGGAAUAGAAGAUGUCAACAAUAACAAACCUGAGUUCCGUUCGUGUGCAAGUUACGGAGAGAUGGCAAAAAUUCAGGAAGGAGUCUAUAAGAAAGAUCCGCCUAUUAUUAUCAAGGUUGAGGCCACCGAUGAAGACUCGUCGUCAAACGGUCAGAUCGUCUACUCCUUAUAUUACGCACAAACCGAAUCCAGAAAACCAUUCGUCAUCGACAAACUCACCGGAGUUCUCACACCUUCCCCGCAUGUGAUUUUCGACAGAGAAACUCGUCCCAGAGAAGACGUCACAGUCAAGGCGACUGAUCGUGGUGAUCGGCCUUUGAUCGGAUUCUGUCAGUUUUCUAUCGAGGUUGUGGAUGUGAAUGACAAUGCGCCGCAAUUCGAUCGGGCUUCCUACGAGACGAGCAUUUCAAGGAGCGAAACUAUUGGAACGUCCAUUCUCACAGUCUUCGCAUUCGACAACGAUGCACCACACAAUGCAAACAUCACAUACCAUCUUGAGGCAGAUCCAUCUGCAGGAGAAGAGUUCCAAGGUGACUCUAGUUUCUUUCGAAUCCUCAAUCAGCAUUCUGGCGAAAUAACACUUAUAAGGGUUAUACCUAAAACUGAAAAGAAGGACAAGUUCGUGUUUAAUGUCGUUGCCGAUGACAAUGGGAUACCGGAGUCGCAAAGGACGACUGUUCAGGUUACUAUCAAAAUCCACGAGAAACAACAAUCAGCUCCUCGUUGGCAAUCGAGUACUGACUGUAAGAAGGAGGUGACAGUAGUGGAGAACACAGAGAUGAACAAGGUGCUUCUACGAUGUCGUGCUGUGGCUGGGGACGGUUUAAAGAGCUCUAUUGUUUACAAACUGACCAACGGUGCUGUAAGUCGACCUGGUAAGCCCGACGCAAAAUUUCGUCAAUUCAACAAAGUUGAGGACGGAAGAGAGUGGGUUGAGGUGGUGAUCAUGGAGCCGCUCGACUACGAACAAUCCCAAAAUUACACACUCACCCUCACCGCAACCGAUGUGAAUUCGCACGUUUCGUCAUCUCGGUCCUUUGUGGUGCUGGUUCAAGACGUGAAUGAUGUCGUUCCACAGUUCACCGUUGAUUUAUUCACAGGAACAGUGGACGAGGAGUUAACACCUGCAGAAUAUCUUGAGAAAUUUGGCCGUAAACCCAUUACAACAGUGAAAGCAGUCGACUUAGACUCGAAUGGACCUCAAAAUGAGGUGCACUACCGUAUCCUGGACAUACCGGGCGGGAACGGAGCGCAUCUGUUCCGCAUUGACGAAUUAACCGGCGAAAUAUGGCCGAAUGCCAAGUUUGAUCGCGAACAGAAAGAUAUGUACAUCUUAACAGUUGAAGCAAGGGACAAUUCACCAUCAGCGUUACCCGGAGCGAUGGGACCUAACAAGGACAAUGUAAAAGUGCAGAUUGUGAUCGGUGACGUAAAUGAUAAUGCCCCCUCCUUUGACGAAACAAAGUACAUCGGGAAAGUUCUGGAAAACGCUGAUCCAGGCCACGAUAUUAUCACAAUAAAAGCGCACGACAUGGAUAAGCACUCCACCCUACGUUACGACGUCGUUGCUGCUCAAGGUGGACGUAUUCCCUUUGGAGCUCGCACCGAUAGUGGAGCAAUUUUUGUGAAGGAGCCCCUAGACUAUGAACAAGAGUCAGUAUAUCAUUUACGUCUGUUGGUCUCUGACGGACGUCAUAACGCUUCUACCGAUGUGUUCAUCUACGUUGAAGAUGUAAAUGACAAUGCACCAGUAUUCGAACAGCCCAGCUACUCUACUACUAUCUUGGAAGAAGACCCGGACAUUCCUAAAGUGCUCUUCCAUGUUCGAGCCACCGAUGCAGACAAGGAUGAGAAGAGCCGUCGUAUCGUCUAUCUCCUUGAGGGUCAAGGUGCUGGCGAAUUUUUCCGCAUUGGUCGAGAAUCGGGCGAAAUCGAACUUAUAAAGGCCUUGGAUCGAGAUCCACCAAGUGGUGUUCCUACUUGGAAUUUCAUUGUCCAAGCAGUUGAUGACGAUGGUAGAGGGCUUAUCGGAUAUGCGGACGUGCAGGUUAACCUGAAAGACAUCAACGACAAUGCUCCUAUAUUCGCAGACGAUCUCUACGGAUAUGUGGAGGAGAACAGGGAGCCACACACUCGCGAUGGAGUCUACUUCAUGGAUGUUCGAGCGACUGACUACGACGAUCCGACGACUGACAAUGCGAAACUCGAGUACAGCAUUGUUCUCAACAAGGAGAUAGAUGGUGUGCCUAUUUUCCGGAUCGAUCCGAGUUCAGGGAAAAUAUUCGCAAUGCGAGCCCUUGAUCGUGAGCUCCCCUCAGAACGUGAGUUUGUCAUCGAAGUUCGUGCAACUGACCGAGGAACUCCUCCACGAGAAGGUGCCGCUAAUGUGACGAUAAAAGUGCUCGACAAAAAUGACAAUACACCAUCGUUCGAGAGAGCGCAGUACGAUGCGAUCGUUGCCGAGACGAUGCCGGUCGGUUCAGCAGUGAUCAGUGUCUCUGCUACUGAUCCGGAUGAUGAGGCGAUAGAUAAUCUCUUUACCUACACAUUGGCCGACGACUCCAAAUAUUUUUACAUGACAACAGAUAGAGAUUCCAGUGAUUCGUAUGUUGGAGUGCUUCGCGUGAAACGGCCUCUCGACUACGAGGAUCCUGCACAACGCGAAGGAUUCCGCCUUCGAGUCCGCGUCAGCGACGGACUUCAUGACGCUACAAGCAACAUCGUCGUGCAACUCGUCGACGAGAACGAUCACUCGCCAGAAAUCAUCGGUCCUACGGAAGUUCGAAUCUUCGAGGAUGUGCCUCGACACACGAUCGUCGCGAAAUACAACGUCACCGAUCGCGAUGCCAAUGAUCGUGCAAGCGACCUAUCACUACCAUUCGGGCUGGACAAUUCACUAGCAAAAUCGCGAUUUUCUUCUUAUGUUUCUCCCCAAGAACGCGCAAUUCAAGUAUUCGUUAUGAAGAACAUCAGUGAAGAUACUCCUAUCGGCACUGUGCUUGAUACUUUCAAAGCGCAUGACCCCACGCUCCCUACAUUCAAUUACACGUUCCGAAUUAAUCGCCAGUCUGAUCCGAAGCGGCAGUUCACAAUUGAUCAGGAUGGAACGCUCCGAGUAGCACAGCGUUUGGAUCGAGAAGACAUCAGUAGCUAUAAGCUGAUCAUCGAGGCGUUCGACGCCGCCGGCAAUGUUGGAACUCAGUUAGUAGCUGUUUACUUACGCGAUGUCAAUGAUAAUGGCCCCGAACCUUACACAGUUCCCAAGUAUUGUGUAUUUCCCGAAAAUACACCUGUCAAUCAACAAGGCACAUGUGAGAUUCGCUGCACUGACAAGGACUCACCUGAAUACGGACCACCAUUUAACAUGCAACUCGACCAGAGCAAAUGGAAAUAUGGAGAAUUCUUGAGCGUCACAUUUGAUGCCCAUGGAGAUGGUGGGAAUGGAUCGAUGACAAUCAGACCAUUGGUAGUGUUCGAUCGAGAGGCUGCUAAUCCGGGCAAAAUUCUCGAAAUUCCUCUAAUUCUAACGGACCGCGCGGAUCGAACUAAUCACGCAUCCGUUCACGUCAUCAUUGGAGACGAGAAUGACAAUCCUAUGCACGAUGGCAAGAUGACAAUCACUGUUAAUUCUUAUCUCGGAAAAUUGAAAAAGACCCAAAUUGGAAGAGUUUACGUGGAAGACUUGGACGACUGGGAUCUUGGAGAUAAGACUUUCACGUGGAGGGAUUCCUUACCCGGUUUUGAGCUUUCACCCAGAGGAGAGAUUACAAUGGACGCGAACAUGCCACCUGGUACAUAUCACAUGUCGUCAAAUGUGCAUGACAACCGGCGAAAUGAGAACGCUGUUGGUUAUGUGACCGUAAAUGUGCUUCUCGUGCCUGAAGUGGCGUUUGUCAAUCAAGGAUCGAUGCAACUGCUUUUAGCUGAGGACUCGAAUUUACAAUCUCCCGAAGACUUUAUUCGGCCUGAUGCUAAUGGAAAGAGUAUGAUGAAUACAUUCACACAAGAAAUGAUCAAGUAUAUGGGUGGAAAUGUGGUGCUUGACGUGUUUUCUGUCCAGUUGGAUUAUGCAACGCUGCAAACGCGGACCGUACCUGUGCUGAACAUCCGAUUUUCUGCUCAUGGGUCUCCCUACAAAGAUUCCACUCAGUUGAACGGAUUGAUCUCAGCCAAUCGAUUUGAUCUUCAAAACAAAAUGAGUGCUACGAUUGUUGGUGUCGGCAUAGAUAUGUGCAAAUUCACUGUAUGUGAUUCCGGAUGUCAAACUGUCAGCACCGCAGACUUCAAUGGAGUUGUUGUAUCUGCAAACAGCACCGUAUUGGUCGGCGUGAAUGCGCAAUCCAAGGACGAAUGCACUUGUCCUGUGUGGCGGCCUCCUGCGGCAUGCCAGUCCGGAUUGUGCCACAAUGAAGGCGUCUGUCACAAUACACACCCCGGAUUCUUCUGCGAAUGUCGCAAUGAUCUGCUGAAAGGCCCAAGAUGUCAAGGAACGACGAGGUCGUUCUCUGGAGACGGUUACGCGUGGUACAAACCAAUGCCAGCUUGUACUAGUCUCAACAUUAGUAUGCAGUUUAUGACUUUGCAACCAGAUGCUGUGCUCUUCUACAAUGGGCCAAUGGACACGAAAAACAGUGAGCAACAAAUCGAUUACCGAGACUAUAUUAUAAUUCAACUCAGAGGUGGACGUCUUGCUAUGGAGAUGUCCAUGAAUGGUAUAGCACCGGUUAGCCUUGAAGUCCCUUCUACUCCUCUAAAUGAUGGAACAUGGCAUGAGCUAGCGGUGACACAAAUUGGAAAGUUUAUUGAGCUUGUGGUGGACCAAUGUCGCUUUCUUGGAGCUGGUUCUGAUGACACUUCCUGUCGAAAGUCUGUCUACACUCCUGAUGAUGAUGAGCGAUUGAACAUCGUUGCUCCUGUGCAAAUUGGUGGUCUCGCUCCGCUUACUGCUGGACAGGCGUACCCAUCAGCUAUUCCACACUCUGGCUUGAACGGAUGUAUUCGCAACUUACGAGUGAAUGACGAUCAAUAUGAUCUCGCUACUCCAUCCUUUGAGAAGAAUUCUGCAGCUGGAUGCAAGCUAUGGGGUGGUGCUUGUGACAGUAAUGCUAUCGAUAGUCUCACUCAUUGUGUUCAUGGGGAUUGCUACGCAGACGUACAGGGGAGCACACCAAUGAUUCCAAAAUGCAUUUGCGAUCCAGGAUGGGGAGGACCUCGUUGCGAAAAGAAAAUCGAAUGGAUUCAGAUGCAGUCGGGUGGUUUCAUCGACUAUUCGCCGAAAAUUGCUUUCCCAGAACAAACUAACGACAUUGAAUUGCUUUUUAUUCCCGGAAGAGUUACUGGUGCAGCUGAAUUGACUUACGGAGCGGACAAAUCUCAGAAUUAUGUUUCUACUUCGGCCGAAAUGACUUCCGACGGGCUGACCCCAAUGGCGAAAUUUGAUUUGGGUGGAGUUCGGAACUCUCUGACACAGCUGAAGAUCAGCGAACUCUCUCUUAAAGAGAACUCCUCCUACUGGAUGCACUUUACGAGGAAUCCAACUAGAGCGUCGCUAUCUAUCGACAACUCCUACUACUCGUCGCAGGUGCUAGAUCCAACAGCCAACUCACAGUCGUUCGCACUGCAGGUCAGCGAGUUGUUCCUCGGUACACACAGUGGAGGAAGAGGGUUCCAGGGAUGUGUUGGAACGUAUCGUUGGUCUAACCAGAACCUGCCUUUGCGGCGACCAUCAAACCAGGCUAUUGAUCCGGACGAUGAGAGCAUCGUUUCCAUUACGAAGUCGGAAGGAGUCUCCGAUGGAUGUAGCUUGCUUAUCACUUGCGCACAGUUACCCAUUGGCUACUGUAGUGGUACUAUGGUUUGCAUGGAUUUCUGGAAAGGAGCCUUCUGUACAUGUCCUGACGGAGCCAACGCAAUGUUGGGUGACGAUGGACAGCUUGUCGGGUGCGGUGAAACGUUAGCUGUUGCCAAACUUGGAAUCAGUAACCCUGCCAUUAUCCUGAUCCUAGUUUCACUUGUUCUCCUCAUCAUGCUUGUAAUGCUUAUGCUGGUGUAUGCUCGUCGACAAACCACUCCAUUUGAAUCUGUUCGACCAGAGGAUCUCAAUCGCGACAACCUUCGACCGUAUGCCAUUGAAGGUGGAGGUGAAGCAGAUAACGAUCAAUAUUCCAUUGCGAAUCUUCGGAAACCAGUCAUGCCUAUCGACGGCAACGGUCUGUCUCUGGGGCCUCCUGCACCUGUCUACACCCGGCCACCGAUUGACGAUAGGUUACGGUCACAGUUGCAUGAUCUCGAAUCAGAUCAAAAUGCUGCUCCAUUUGAUGAAAUUAGGAUCUACGAGGAUGAAAAAGAUACGGUUUCUGUUGUAACUCUUGAAUCGCUUGGGUCACUACCAGAUACAGAACGGCAGCAGAACGGCAACUGGGAACCGCGUUUCACUUCGUGA